AUGGCCGAGGGACAAGGUGCAGCUGGUUUUACAGGAGAAACUGCAGAAACUGAUGCAGUGAAGUCAAGUCCCAACCUUGUGCCUGGCUCACAAACACCUCCCGUGGACAGGAAGAGCAGGUUUGCUGCGCUCGGACAAAUCUUCAAACCGUGGACAUGGCAGGCAAAGAAGAAGAGUGGAAAGUUCAAGCAAACAUCAAUAGGUGUUCGUGCAUACUUCUAUUCCAUCAAGGAAAAGGUGAGCUCAGACUGGAAGGACCUGGCCUUCCAUCUUGGGUUGGAACAACCCGACAUCGACAACAUCGAAGGGAGAAACCGAGAUGACAAGUCUCGCUGUAUGGACCUGUUGGAGGAAUGGCUGAAGCGUAACGGAGAGAGAGCCACCAUAGAGGUCCUGAUGGAGGCUCUGUCUGAGGCAAACCUGCAGAGUGUUGUGGAUGGUCUCAGGAGGAAACUUCAAG